GGCAGUGAGGAAGCGAGAGGGCGGUGUAAAGUGCAGAUCUCAGACCGGUUUCUCGCCGAUACCGAGCAGGACGCCGGGGCCAGUGAACCUCCCUCUCCGCUCAUAUCAGCGUGUUGAAGAAGAAACACCGGACUGUCACGUCGACGCACACAGCCGACCGGCCAGCGACACGGAGAGGAACUGCGACGGACGGCGGCGACGACGACGCUGUUUUUUCAACUUCGAGCUGCUUGUCAGUUGCGGGGGGGCGGGGGGGCGGAGAGAGAGAGAGAGAGAGCGACUUUCCAGCCGAGGGGACCCCGAAGCGGCCCGGGUGCACAUCUUCCGCCUCUACGGAAGCCGGAGGAGCCGCGCAGGGGGAGCGGCGGUGUCGGCCACUGGAAACUCGAGGGGAGGUUUGAAAUCCACGCAGAGGCGGAAUUUAAUCGCCGGGUGCCGGGUCAUCCGGACAGAGACCUCAUGAAUGGAAAUCGGAACAACAGGAGCCGUUGAAGCCCAAGCCCUGUUUGCGUUGCCACGGCGACCUGGCUAUGGCACCGUUGGGAAGCCCAUCAAGCUUCUGGCCAACUGCUUCCAAGUGGAAAUCCCCAAAAUUGACGUCUACCUGUAUGAAGUGGACAUCAAACCUGACAAAUGUCCGCGCAGAGUCAACAGGGAGGUGGUGGACUCCAUGGUUCAGCAUUUCAAGGUGACCAUCUUCGGUGACCGGCUGCCAGUUUACGAUGGGAAGAGAAGCCUCUACACUGCUACCCCACUUCCUGUCGCCACCAGUGGGGUGGAUCUGGAUGUCACCCUUCCGGGUGAAGGUGGGAAGGACCGCCCGUUUAAAGUCAGCAUCAAAUUUGUGUCGCUGGUCAGCUGGCACAUGCUGCACGAGGUCUUGACAGGGCGCGCUGUCGCCGAACCCGUGGACCUGGAGAAACCCAUCAGCACUAAUCCCGUUCACGCCGUUGACGUCGUCUUGCGACACCUCCCCUCCAUGAAGUACACACCUGUGGGACGAUCUUUCUUCUCCUCCCCAGAGGGCUACGACCACCCACUAGGUGGAGGGAGAGAGGUUUGGUUCGGUUUCCAUCAGUCCGUACGGCCAGCCAUGUGGAAAAUGAUGCUCAACAUUGAUGUGUCAGCCACAGCCUUUUAUAAAGCCCAGCCAGUCAUUCAGUUCAUGUGCGAGGUCCUGGACAUUCACAACAUUGAUGAGCAGCCCCGCCCGCUCACUGACUCCCACAGGGUCAAGUUCACCAAAGAGAUCAAAGGUCUUAAAGUGGAAGUGACACACUGUGGAACCAUGCGUAGGAAGUACAGAGUCUGCAAUGUAACACGACGCCCUGCCACCCUCCAGACGUUUCCGUUGCAGCUUGAGAAUGGUCAGACAGUUGAACGCACGGUGGCGCAGUACUUCAGGGAGAAAUACAAUCUGCAGCUGAAGUAUCCCCACCUGCCUUGCCUGCAGGUGGGCCAGGAGCAGAAACACACCUACUUGCCCCUUGAGGUGUGCAACAUUGUUCCUGGACAGCGCUGCAUUAAAAAACUAACAGACAACCAGACGUCGACCAUGAUCAAAGCAACAGCCCGCUCUGCACCAGACCGACAGGAGGAAAUCAGCAGGCUGGUGCGGAGUGCAAAUUACGAGUCCGACCCGUUUGUCCAGGAGUUUCAGUUCCGGGUGCGAGACGAGAUGGCUCAGGUGACAGGUCGCGUCCUGCCGGCCCCCAUGCUGCAAUACGGCGGCAGGGUGGGCUCCGAACCAUUUAUGUCCCAGCAGAUCAACCCUGCACUGUCGUUCCAGAACCGCACAGUGGCCACACCCAGCCACGGGGUGUGGGACAUGAGGGGGAAGCAGUUUCACACCGGAGUGGAGAUCAAGAUGUGGGCCAUCGCCUGCUUCGCCACCCAGAGGCAGUGCAGAGAAGAAAUCCUCAAGAGCUUCACUGACCAGCUGCGGAAAAUCUCAAAGGAUGCUGGGAUGCCAAUCCAAGGCCAGCCGUGCUUCUGUAAAUACGCCCAGGGAGCCGACAGCGUGGAGCCCAUGUUCAGACACCUGAAGAACACCUACGCCGGGCUACAGCUCAUCAUUGUUAUCUUGCCUGGGAAAACGCCUGUCUACGCUGAGGUGAAGCGGGUUGGCGACACCCUCCUCGGGAUGGCCACCCAGUGUGUUCAGGUGAAGAACGUUGUGAAGACGUCCCCUCAGACCCUCUCGAACCUCUGCCUCAAGAUCAACGUCAAACUGGGAGGAAUCAACAACAUCCUGGUUCCGCACCAACGGCCCUCAGUGUUUCAGCAGCCUGUCAUCUUCCUUGGGGCUGAUGUCACUCAUCCUCCAGCAGGUGAUGGGAAAAAACCAUCUAUCGCAGCGGUGGUGGGCAGUAUGGACGCCCAUCCCAGCAGGUACUGCGCCACAGUGCGGGUGCAGAGGCCCAGACAGGAGAUCAUUCAGGACUUGGCCUCUAUGGUGCGAGAGCUCUUGAUCCAGUUCUACAAAUCGACCCGCUACAAACCAACCAGGGUCAUUUUCUACAGGGACGGAGUGUCGGAGGGCCAGUUCAGACAGGUGCUAUACUAUGAGCUGCUGGCGAUCAGGGAGGCCUGCAUCAGUCUGGAGAAAGAUUACCAGCCGGGGAUAACCUACAUCGUCGUACAGAAACGCCAUCAUACACGCCUCUUCUGUGCAGAUCGCAACGAGCGGGUUGGACGAAGUGGAAACAUUCCUGCAGGCACCACAGUGGACACAGACAUCACCCACCCCUAUGAAUUUGACUUUUACCUCUGCAGUCACGCUGGCAUCCAGGGUACGAGUCGGCCCUCCCACUACCACGUUCUGUGGGACGACAAUUGUUUCACCGCCGAUGAGUUCCAGCUCCUCACCUACCAGCUUUGCCACACCUACGUCCGUUGCACUCGGUCCGUUUCCAUCCCCGCGCCGGCCUACUACGCCCACCUGGUGGCCUUCCGCGCCCGCUACCACCUGGUCGACAAAGAGCACGACAGUGCGGAGGGCAGCCACGUCUCAGGGCAGAGUAACGGCCGGGACCCUCUGGCACUGGCCAAAGCUGUUCAGAUCCACCACGACACAUUGAGGACCAUGUACUUUGCCUGAACCACCCCCUGCCCCUCGCCACAUCCCUCCACCUCUCUCCGCCUCCCAGCCAGUCUUAAGGUCCGACUCCGCGCUGGUGCAGCUUUGGUCACUGGAAUGCGACGGUGACGGCGGCAGCUACUGCAGACUGCGUAAGGAUGAUAGAAGCCAGAGAGGAGUCACAGGCACAUUUAUGCAAUUUUAAAACCAGCCAAUUGUUCCUGUGCUCCUGCCCGUACAUCCCUCUUUCCUUUGCUGUAUUUAAAUCAUGACAAAUUCUUUUUCUUUUUCUUUUUUUUUUUCUUUUACAGCAACUCAAACUUUUGUUUUGCAGGGAUAUUUUUUGUGUGUGCUUGAAUAAUGGCGGAGCAGGUGGGAAUAUACAAACUGAUGAUUCUUUGGUGCAUGGGUGGGAAUGAAGCCGAACCAGUGAGGACCUGACGUGCUCUGUAGCCUCAUGUUGAGCCUAAUGUUGCUGGUUUAAAUUUGUUGACAGUUUUACUUGUUUGUUUGUUUUAGCCUUCUAGAUGCUGUACGUGUUUGUCUGUCGAGCAAGUGUGUGUGCGACCGCAAUAGCAAUACGUUAGUCAAGGUUUUUUUUCUUCUUUGCGAAAAUGGCCCGCUGCCUUCAUGCUUAACUCUUCUGCCUCCCUUUAAUUCAGUGGUUCCUCACGGUCUUUCAGCCACACAGUAAGAAUCCUAACCAACACUGACACUGAAUGAAAUCUUUACGUAUUUAAAAAAAAAGAAAAGCCACGUUCAGACAGUGUCUCAGCGGCGUUGUCUUGUAUCGCUUGUUGCCUUACUCUGAGGCGAGGUGCAUGAAGACGACUGUUAGAAAACGAUGUCACGGCCAGGAAAUGGACAAUUUUAAACUUUUCAAGUCGUAAUACGAGUCGGUACAGUGUGUUAUACCAAAUGUUUGUUGUGUGUUUUAUUUCUCUUGCUAUUUAUGAAGUUUUUUUGUCCUUUUUAAUUUUUUUAGAUUAACAUAUUAACAUAUUCAGCAAUAGAACAGACUAGACAGAUUAUAUCUUCUGACAACAACACACACUUUGGAUUUUUUCCCCUCCCAGUUUUUUUUUUUUUUUUUACUUAAACUGACCAAUGCAGUUGUCAAGAACUCCUUCAGUGCAAUAAGGUGUUGAUGCAGAGAGAACAGGUUCAGUGCUGAAUGUUUUCGAUGAGUAUUUGUGUGCUAAAACGGCUUGUUAUGAGUGACUUUUGGCAUGUGACGAUGAUGAUGAUGGAAUGUAAAAUAUUUGACAUUCUCGAGAACAAGUAGGGAUCGGUGCGGAGCAGUCGGGACGUUUGACGGUAUUUAUGAGAAAGUAAUCAAAGUGCCUAAUGUGGUUCGAUGAGUGAACUGUCUGUCGGAUGGGAGGGUUUUAAUCGUAUGUUGGUUUGGUGUGUGUCCUCACGCGCAGUCGAAGCCUUUAUAUCCAGACCCCACAGUGUCUGUCGUCGGGUAGAAUUUCUAGAGCUGUAGCACCACGCUCGAUACAUUAUUUCGUUGAUUGAAAGAAAAUUCAUUAGCAACUGUUUUGAAAUUCGUUUACUAAUGUCAGAAAAUUUGACAGUUUUUCUGAGUAUAUCUUAAUAUUUUUGGUGGAAACAAUGCCAUCGUGCAGCAAGGGACAGUUGGGAACACUGUCAGCUUAGCAAUCGGGGUUUUUACAACCAAAUAAAUAACAUAACUCCAACAUUUUAAAUUUCAUCGAUACCUUUUGCUCAUUGUUGCCAGAAUUUCAGAAACGGUGCUGCAUGAUGUUUUUGAUGCUCAACCCUUGAGAUUGUAGUCUUUCAUGACCUCGCAGUGUAGUUUCAUACGGAAGAAGCCUUCAUUUUUCAUCACUUGGACCAAACCAAUGUGCCUGGUCAGGGUGAAGGUGUAGGACUUUGUGGGUGUGUGUGUGGUCACUCUUACAGGCUUUGUACUGCUUAACCACGCUAGCCACAUGUCACCAGAAACCAACUUUAGCUGCUAUAUUUAAUAUCUCAUCAGAUACACGUAGAUUAAAUAUAUUGAUAAAGAGAGACUGAAGAGGAUAUUGUAUUUUACGGCACUUAAAAAGAAAGCUGCAUGCGUUUGUGGUUGAUACGAAAUGCUAUAAGAGGUUUUGCCUGGUGAGAUAUUAUUCGCUCUCUAACUCUUAUCAAAGUUCGGAGCUGCUCACAGCAAGAACAUUUUUAAUAAGAACAACAUCAGAGCAGAUUGUUUCCCUUCCGUGUUCGUUGUCAAGUGGAAGCAGUUUCUUAUCAUCAGACAUUACCAGCAUUUGAUUUUACUUGAAUAGUUUUAGUAGUUGUGGUUGUUUAACGUUUGUUGGCUUGUGUUCUGCUUGUUUUUGGAAAGUUUAUAUCUAUAUAUAUAUAUAUAUGUAUAGAGAGAGAGAGAGAGAGGGAGAGAGCCUUAUUAUAGAAAUCCAUUUUCCUGUCAUGAUGCCACUGACGGUGUCGGCCUGAUGUACCUUUCCCCCUCAAAAAUAAAAGCAUUUUAAACUCUGAAUAUAUGUAAAGAUACUAAUGUAAUGCACACACCACUUAUUUUUUCUAACAAAGUCCUAUUUGAAGCAGCAGAGGCCUCAUAGCUGUAUUGAAUAAUGGAGCUUUUUAAUAGUCGUAGUGAUAAUUUUUUCCCAAAUUUAACAAUGCAAUACUUUUGUGAAAAGCAACACUGUGUGUGUGUUCGCUGCUUUGUGGAGACUGUCGGGGCGUCGUCGCACAGAUGAACCGUCAACCCUCCUCUGUGAAGACCUGCCACCACUCUGUUAUGUUUUAAUUUUUUACAUUUUAUCAUCUCCAUAGCUAAUCAAAGAAGCUAAAGAUCCCCCCCACCCCUUUUUUUUUUAUACAUUAUUCACGAACGGAGGAGGAGGGUUGAAAGUUCAUCCUUAGACUGAUGUGUCUGUUAACAGACUGUGCCUUUCCUGAUGGUGCUGAAACAAAAAUCAAAGAAAUCCUCAAAUUCAGAAAAGGGGCGCUGGGCCCCGAGUCUACAAUGAUAAGUAUAUAUUGAUACAUAACAAUACUGUAAGGUGUGUGUGUGUGUGUGUGUGUAUAAAUUUGUGUGUGUGUGUGUGUCUGUCUGUCUGUCUGUCUGUACCUCUGACAUAUGCCAAGAACACAGAAUAUGCAGAACUGAUCAGUUUGGAGCUGACAGGACCAAACAGCCUGUGGGGAUCAGUCAGAGUAGACGGGCACUUUCAAGCACAACCCAAACUUAACAUUUCUGGAAAAUAAAAAAAUUGUGGAACAGUCAUGACUCUUUAGGAGUUGCUCAGUGUAGAUAUUAUGUAGCAUUAUUUAUUUAACUUUUAUUAUUCUAUCGGGACAUGACACAACCCCGUUCUUACUGCCUUGGAAACCUUUGGCGUUUUAAUUUACAGUACGUGUUCAUUCUUUCUCAAUUGAACGGCAGUAAUGAAGCAUCAUAAAUCUGUGGUUUGUCUGGCCAAACAUCCCCUCUGCUGCGCAUGUCCCUGUCAAACACAAGGUUUUUAGUUCUUCAUUUUAUUUUAAUGUGAAAUUCAGACGUUUACAGACUCGGGACAGUUCUCUGUUUGAGUUGUUACUCUACGAGUGCCCGUCUCCAAUGUUGAGGUAUUCCCCCACAAAGUAGACAUCUUUAAAAACACCCCUGUGGUCGGCUGCGUAUCAUCAUAGUGAUAUAUAAAAAUCAUGUUUGGGUGUCACAGUAUAUUAUUAUUAUUAUAUGUGCUAUAUUUGUGUCACUUUUAGAAGUAAAAACUUUUUUUCUUUCUGUCUUAACACUCAUCUGAUCCUGGUCGUAAGUUGAGCCUUUUUAUUUGGUUGUCAUAUUUAAUUUUUUUGAAUAAAUACUCUAUGUUAUGAAA